AAUCAAUCAACUUUUAAUUCUUAGUUGCUAAAUAAAAAAUUCUCUCUCAUUUUUAGAAUAUUUAAUAUUACUUAUAUUAUUAUGUAUUUAAAAUGACUGAAGUUGAAAAAGCAAAGAUUGUUUUACCAGGCGAAAUUAUUGGCAACACUGAAUUUAAUUUUCAACCUGGAAAUGGUGCUUACUUGCAUAAUAACAAAAUUUAUUCUUCUUUGGUUGGAGAAGUUUAUAUUGAAAAAUUAGAAAAUGAAAGUAAGCUAUCAGUUAGAGGCCUAGAAAAUUUUAAUCCCUUGCCAAGGAUGGGCUCAAUAGUCACUUGUAAAGUUACUCAUGUAACUCAAAGAAAUUGUAAAUGUAUUAUUAUUGCUAUAGAAGAUUAUAUAUUAAAGGAGCCAUUUAAGGGAAUAAUAAGAAAAGAAGAUAUUGUUGAUGUUAAUAAAGAUGAAGUCGAAGUAGUUAAUUGUUUUCGCCCACAAGAUAUCAUAUUAGCACGUGUGCUUUCAAUGGGGGAAGCAAAUUUUUACCUACUUACUACAUGUGAUGAAUCCCUUGGUGUUUAUAUUGCCAAAAGCCAACAUGGUGGAUUGAUGUACCCAAUUAGUUGGACAGAGAUGCAAUGCCCCAAAACUUUUGUUAAAGAAAAGAGAAAAGUGGCCAAGAUUAUAAGAAUCGUUGAAUCUUAAAAUAAAAAUAUCGUUAUCUUCUUAAUUAUCCUUGUAAUUUAUAUUGUACAUAUUAUUUUACAUUUCCACUAUUUUAUUCAGAAUAAAGAUAUU